AUGAAGAAGCCAAACAGCAAACUACUAUUUGAUACGCCUGGGUGGACGAUACCGAAGGAAAACGUGAACCCGGAUAAAAAAACUAAACGGAAGAAGAAGCAGCCCAACGCAUCGACUGAGCAACCAUCCCAACCGGAACAGCAAAAAGAAGACUCACCCAAUCCCAAAAAACGAGUCAAGAAUUCACAUCCUCCAGCCAAAAAACACCAGCCCAAUGAACAAACAGAAACCCGGCCAUGCGCGACAAUCAAUGGAGCAGCAACUCAUCAACUGGCACACGGUCUAUUGAACUCGGGCUUGAACGGCUCCCGAUUCCGGAUUCUGAAUGAGACUCUAUACACCUCAACCGGCCCAGAAGCGCUCAAACUCUUCCAAUCAACACCAUCGCUAGAAAAAGAAGAACAAGAGGGAGGCGGAAGCAGAGAAGAAAACCCGAAUUUCGAGAUCUAUCAUCUCGGUUUUCGCUCCCAAACCAAACAUUGGCCGCAGAACCCGGUCCAUCUUAUCGCUCAUGACCUCCAACAUGACCCGCAUCUUCUCAAAAAUCAUGCGCCUGUUCUUGUGGCUGACUUAGGCUGUGGGGAAGCCCCUCUUGCCAAACUGCUGUGCCCCUCUUCGUCUUCUGCUUGUUCGAAUUCGUCCAAGAAAAAGUCUAACGCAAGUUCGUUGACUCGACAGAAUCAAUUUAAAGUGUUCAGUUAUGAUCUGGUCGCCGAUACCGAAGGCUGGAUCACUGUCGCUGAAUGUUCUACUCUAGUUAAGCUUGCCCAAUCCAGCAAAACCACAAAGAAGGAAAAAGAAGGACGCAAGCUUAUUCUUGAUGUCUGGGACGUUACAAAAUCACAGGUUCCAUUGCCAGGCUCGUUAGAUGAUCGAAUCGGGAACGGGAUGAUGGAUAUAGUGGUGUGUUGUUUGAGCUUGAUGAGCACCAAUUGGGUCGGGAUGAUUUUUGAAGCUCGGCGUAUACUCAAGCAAGACGGUGAACUGAGGGUAGCUGAAGUCACCAGUCGGUUCGUUGACGUCGACCUCUUCGUCACGUUCAUCAAAUCUCUCGGAUUCUCCAAUUUCUCCCAGGACCAAUCAAACACCCAUUUCAUACUUUUCAAAUUCAAGAAAACCGCGCUUGCAAACAGUAAAAAAGACCCAUCUUCGGUUAACCUUCUGAACCUCAAAACGAAACUUGAACUGAUCGAAACCGGCCAAAAGCUGCUUAAACCUUGCAUCUAUAAGCGUAGAUAA